CAAACCUUAGAGUUUCUCCCAAGAAUCCUCGGGUCCCCAAAUCACAUACACUGGAAUUACACUGUGAGAGCAAAUGUGACUCACAUCUGAAAUACAGUUUGAAGUUGUCCUGGAGUAAAGAUGGAGAAGCCUUUGAGAUUAACGGCACCGAGGAUGCAGGAUAAUUAUUGACGGAGCUAAUCUGACGAUAUCUAAUGUCACCAUGGAAGAUGAAGGUAUAUACUCAUGUUCAGCUCACACUGCUCUGGAUAGCAUUGCUGAUAUGACGCAAGUAACUGUCCUUGAUGUUCCGGAUCCACCAGAAAACCUUCACUUGUCAGAAAGACAGAACAGAAGUGUUCGACUGACAUGGGAGGCUGGAGAUGACCACAAUAGCAAUAUCAGCGAGUAUAUUGUAGAAUUUGAAGGAAACAAAGAGGAGCCUGGAAGGUGGGAAGAACUGACUCGAGUCCAAGGAAAGGAAACAACAGUCGUGCUGUCUUUGGCUCCAUACGUGAGAUACCAGUUCAGGGUCAUAGCCAUGAAUGAAGUUGGGAGAAGCCAGCCUAGCCACCCAUCAGGCCAUCAUGAAACACCCCCAGCAGCUCCAGACAAAAAUCCACAAAACAUAAGAGUUCAAGCUUCUCAACCCAAGGAAAUGAUUAUCAAAUGGGAG